ACCUAACCUAAGCAUGACAUAUUUGUCAAUUAAUCAGGCUGAUUGUUUAUUUUUUGUUUUUUUUUCACGUGGAAUGAAAAUAACGAAGGGGAUAGUUAGUUCCUGAACCUGAAUGUUCCAACACAAAUUUAAUUCUUACACCUUGGUUCCAGCACUGCUGAGUAAAAUCAAAUUCGUGCAAUAAUGGUUGAUAACAAUAGGGACUGGGAUGAUUAUAAUCGUCAGAUAGCUGUACAAGGGCGUCAAAUAUUGGAAAGAACUGGAGAAAGCAUUCAAAGAUCAAAUCAAAUAGCUAUUGAAACCGAAGCUAUAGGCACAGAAGUGAUAUCAGAGCUAAAUGACCAAAGAGAAGCUUUGCUUAGGACUAAAAGCAGACUUGAAAAUGCAGAUGAACAAUUGGAUAGUGCAAAAGCCAUUCUUCGAAGGAUGGGCAGGAAUAUCGUGUAUAAUAGACUGAUAUUGAUUUUAAUAAUUAUAAUGGAAGUUGGUAUACUCAUUGGCAUUUCAUACAUAAAGUUCAUCAAGUGAGGCAUUUGUUUCUUGUAUUCUAUCACAUGAUUCUGAGAUUUUCAAUUUAUUCAUAUUCUUUAAAGUUUUACGUAUCAACUUAAUCCUGAUUAUAUUUGUACCAAAUAAACCGUAAAAUAAAUUUGCGCUAAUGUA